AUGUCUGAAUCGGAUGACGUUUUCAAAGCCGUGGAUGGGAAGGCGUUGAAAUUUCUCGGUGAGUCGGUUCGCGGAAUGCGCCUUGAGAAGAUCUAUGGUUAUAGAAUGGCACUGUGGGCUGAGCAGCUUGGGGCUUUAGAGGAUUGCUUCAAGGAGCCAGAGACCCUGAAGUGUGUGAAGAGAGUGAAUGAGGUAGCUGAAGAUAAUUGGAAAAGAUACAAAGAUGAGAAUUUUACAACAUUACAGGGUCAUCUUCUCAAGUACCCUGUGCAGGUAGAUGCUGAUGGUGACGUGGGUCCUUUGCCUGGACAUGAAGAAUUCCCUGAUGUUGGAGGUUACGUACUCGGAAGUCCAUACCCCGCUGUUCCCGACCUUCUGACAACAUAA